AUGAAUAGUUCAUCUUCAUCAUCAUUAUCUCCUCCACCACCUCAACCACCAUCAUCAUCACUAUCAUCUGAAUCUGAUGACGAUGUGUUUAUGAAUUACAUCAGAGAUUUUUUAAAUCAAAGGGGACCGGUAACACAUAAGAUUGACCUGAUCUUCAGUUUGAUUGAGAUGUCCCACUCAUUGAGUGAUCGCAAGAAAUUCAUCGUUAAAAAAGUGUCGAAAUAUGCGAUGGAGCAAUUAAUAAACGGGCGAGCUACGCAAAUUACUCAUCACCUCAAUUCAAGGAUCGAUAGUUUGAUUCAACAGUGUGGUGAAAUUGAUGACCAGUUCAAUCAAGAAGCGGCUAAAAAUGCCAAACUUUACGCGCAAAAUUGGUCAUUGAAAACUGCUCUAAAAAUAUUGCAGGAUGAAAAUCAAGAUAAUUAACUUUCAUUCAUUGAUUGGGUGAUUCGCAAAAUGGGGACAGAACUAGGUGUAAAAACUCAAUGGUUUCACCCCGAUGGCCGAGGAAGAGGCCUUUGAUUUCAUUGUAUAGCUAUUUUCAUAAACUCAUCAUCAUUUCAAUAAAAAUUUCAAUUUGA